CGACUUUCAUCUCCAGCCGUUACACAGUCAAGAAUGAGACAAUCAUUGUAGAAUUUUGUUCUCUUUCAAUCAGGCCUCCUUGCUUUGCCUUGGCUGUUGCCCGUCUUCCGCGUUCAUCCGCACCACAUGGCGCUUCUCGCACCAGAAGCCGUACCAGAAGCCGCACCUCUGCUGGGCGACGAUGCGCCCCUUCAUAACAAUGACAGCACUUCUCAACGCACCUCACAAGAUGUCGAUCCCCGGUUCGCGCUCAAGAUCGCAGCAGCCAUGUUCUCAUUCGCCACGCUCGGGCUUUUCAACUCAUCCAUUGGCGUCCUGCUCCCGUUGAUCUCGGCGCACUACAAUCUGUCUGAUCUGCACGUAUCCCUCAUCUUCGUGUUUGGCCCCGUGGGCUAUAUUGUCGCUGCUCAGAUGAGUUCGUUGGUGCAUUACCACUUCGGACAGUUCGGGAUUGCACUUCUCGGUCCUGUGCUGCAGAUCAUCGCUGCAGCGUUGCUCUCGUUGCACCCGCCCUUCGGGCUAGUGCUUGUUGGCUUUGCGGUGCAAGGUCUUGGGUCUGGGCUUCUUGAUGGAAGCUGGUGUGCGUGGGCUGGCAGUAUGGAGAAAUCAAGCACAAUGUCUGGGUUUCUACAUGGUAGUUAUUCUGCUGGCGCAGCGACUGCUCCGAUCCUGAUCACAGCUAUGACUACGAAUGGACAUGCUUGGUAUACAUGGUGCUAUGUGCUGGUCGCUCUUUCCGUUGUUGAUGCUGUAGCGCUAUCUGCUGCGUUCUGGAACGAGACAGCAUCAGCAUACCGUCAAAUGCAUCAAUCCGAAAGAACAGACAACAAAGCUCAUGCCCAGGCAACAUUCAAAUUCCCUGCUACUUGGUGGUGUGCGGCUUACUGCCUCGCAGAUGUGGGUGUCGAAACAGCAAUCUCCGGAUGGGUUGUCUCGUUCAUGCUCCGCAGUCGAUCUGCCACUCCUUACCUUGCAGGUCUCUCAUCAUCAGGUUACUGGGCUGGCAUGGCUGUCGGAAGGCUAGUCCUAGGACCGUUGACUGAUAACAUCGGCGUGCGCAAAGCAACUGUUAUGUACUUUGCCAUUGCUCUGAUAGUCCAGAUGUUGUUUGCCGUGCUGCCGUACGUGUCUACCUCGGUCAUGCUGAUGGUGGCCCUGGGUUUCCUCAUGGGCCCUUUAUUCCCAUCUGGCGUGAUCGUCCUGACACAAUUGCUGCCAAAGGAACUACAUGUCGCUGCGGUCUCAUUCGUCGCGUCGCUUGGUCAAGUGGGUGGGGCGUUACUUCCGUUCGGUAUCGGUGCUGUUGUGGAAGGACUUGGAAUUGGAGUCUUCAGGUACGCAAUUCUGCUGCAGUCUGGGAUAGCAAUGAUGCUCUGGGUAGGUUUUGCCAGACUCCGACCCGCUGCAUCUAUUUUUGAACAGAGCUGGACGCAUGAGAAUUGAAGACAUGGGUUGGAUAGAUUCUAGGAAUGUAUGGGUGCACCUUAUGAUUGAUCAGGGACGUGCUCCCCGCCUAUUCAACGAGAUUUACUCAUCGCACCCGCGCAACUUGAAGGAGAUACACGAUGCAAGGCCUCCAAUGUGACAGUACGCUACAUCU